UUUCUAAAUCAGUGAGCAACGAGCUGCAUAAAAACAUGUAAAGGACUACAGGAGCUCCAGACGCCAACUGAAUGUCAGCAAUUGCACUUUAACGAAACAAAAGGCAAGGUUGUCCAGCUGCUGGACUAAAGAAAGACUAACGACUUUUAAUUCGGGGAUCUGGAACAAAAAUCGUUCUUUUUUUUUUUUUUUUGAGGACGACACCUUAUUUUUGCUGGGAACCUUAAACAAACUGAUAACCUUUAAGCUCUGCGAGAACACAGAAAUGGAGUCGCGCAUCUAUGCCUCGGGGAUGGCUGCCAAGCUGAGGAGCCAGUGGGAUCGCGACGAAGGCCUGGGACAGAACCACAACGCGGUGAAAUUCCUGGGUCAGGAUUAUGAGUCUCUGAAAGGCCAGUGUCUACGCAGCGGGAGGCUUUUUGAGGAUAACCUGUUCCCAUGUGCUGCAUCGUCGCUGGGAUUCAAUGAGCUUGGUCCAAGAUCCUCCAAGACCAGCGGCGUCCGUUGGAUGAGACCCACGGAACUCUGCAAGCGGCCCGAGUUCAUCGUGGAUGGAGCUACUCGCACGGACAUCUGUCAGGGAGCUCUGGGUGACUGCUGGCUGCUCGCAGCUAUCGCCUCACUUACCUUAAACGACAAUCUUCUGCACCGAGUGGUUCCUCAUGGACAGUGCUUCAAGCAGGAAUAUGCCGGCAUCUUUCACUUUCAGUUCUGGCAGUUUGGCGAGUGGGUGGACGUGGUGAUCGAUGACCGGCUGCCGGUGAAAGACGGGAAGCUGCUCUUUGUCCACUCGGCGGAGGGAACCGAGUUCUGGAGCGCUCUGCUGGAAAAGGCUUACGCCAAGCUGAACGGCUGCUACGAGGCUCUGUCAGGUGGGAGCACGUCAGAGGGAUUCGAGGACUUCACGGGCGGCGUGACGGAGAUGUACGAUCUGAUCAAGGCGCCUCCCGACCUCUUCAGCAUCAUCAGCAGAGCCGUGGAGAGAGGAUCUCUGCUCGGCUGUUCUAUUGAUAUCACCAAUACUUCCGACAGGGAGGCUGUCACAUUCAAGAAGCUGGUAAAGGGACACGCCUACUCGUUGACCGGCGUGGACGAGGUGAUGUACAGAGGAAGCAUGACUAAGCUGGUUCGCAUGAGGAACCCGUGGGGGGAGAUGGAGUGGACCGGACCCUGGAGUGACAACUCCAGAGAGUGGAGUUUAGUGGAUAGUUCUGUGAGGGAUCGACUACAAAACCGCAGCGAAGACGGCGAAUUUUGGAUGGCGUUCAGUGACUUCCUGCGGGAGUUCAGCCGCGUGGAGAUCUGCAAUCUGACGGCGGACACCCUGGAUAACACCCAGAUGAAAAAGUGGAGCUCCUCGUUGUUUCAGGGGGAGUGGAGGAGAGGAAGUACCGCCGGAGGCUGCAGAAACUACCCAGCCACGUUCUGGCUGAACCCUCAGUUUAAGAUCAGCCUUCAGCACCCAGACGUCCCCGGAAAACCAGACUGCAGCUUUUUGGUCGGCCUCAUGCAGAAAGACCGCAGGAAGAAACGGCAAGAGGGCAAAGACAUGGAAACUAUAGGAUUCGCUUUGUAUGAAGUUCCAGAUGAGUUUAAAGGGAGCUCCAAUGUCCACCUCAAACGAGACUUCUUCCUCAGCCACGCCUCCAGCGCUCGAUCCGAACUCUUCAUCAACCUGCGGGAGGUCAGCUCUCGGCUGCGGCUGCCGGCUGGAGAGUACAUCGUUGUUCCCUCCACCUUUGAGCCCAACAAAGAAGCCGACUUCGUCCUCCGAGUGUUCUCGGAGAAACCUGCAGAUUCAGAGGAGCUGGACGAUGAUGUAGUAGCCGAUCUUCCUAAAGAGAUUCGCCUGGAUGAGAGCCAGAUUGACGCCGGCUUUAAGAGUCUCUUCAGACAGCUGGCAGGACCGGACAUGGAGAUCAGUGUCACAGAGCUCCAGAACAUUCUCAACAAGAUCAUCAGCAAACAUAAGGACCUGAAAACGGACGGUUUUACACCUGAGGCUUGUCGUAGUAUGAUCAACCUCAUGGACACGGACGGCAGCGGGAAACUGGGCCUGACAGAGUUCCAUGUGCUCUGGGAAAAGAUUAAGAGAUACCUGACCAUCUUCAGACAGUUUGACUUGGACAAAUCUGGCACCAUGAGCUCCUAUGAGAUGAGAAUUGCUCUUGAAUCUGCAGGCUUCAAGCUGACCAACCACUUGUUCCAGCUGAUCAUCCUGCGGUACACAGAGGAGGACAUGAGCGUCGACUUUGACAACUUUGUCACCUGUCUGGUCAGACUGGAGACCAUGUUUAAAACCUUUAAGACUUUGGACACAGAUGGAGACGGUCAAAUUUCCCUCAACUUCUUUCAGUGGAUCACCCUGACCAUGUUUGCCUAGACCUGCUGCUCCAGGCUUCACUGUUUCAGAAGUGCCUUCUCUGAACCAGUUCUUCCUCCGUUCCACCAGUCAAACGCUUCAGAAGAGCCGACAUUCACGAUCGCAGUGCCUGCAUGAAAAAAAAAAUCGAUCCACUCCAUAAAUACUGUAGCUCACUCUUGGUGCUGGCAGACAUUUUUACCUCCUUGAACUGAUGUCCGUGAUCUUCUGGUAAACUUUUUCUUUUUUUUUUAAAGCGUAGCAACAUUAUAUCAGUGAAAGUUACAUUUUAGCUUUUGGAUUUGAGGUCACAGAGGACCAAACAUUAUUAACACAAGAUUGAUUUUGACAAUAAUUAAUGAGAAAACUGAAAUGCACAAAGACCACGAGUGCCAUUUUAACCCCUUUGAAUGAGGAUGAAUAUUAUAGAUAUGCAAACAGUGAAGGAUUUUCCUUAACGUGUCAACAAUCAUAAAAGAAUGUGAAGGGAUUUAGUUGAUUUGUUUAUCUUUCGGUAAUUCCAAGAUUUCCCUGUAAUAAACUGUUUAAAAUCCACAUUUUUUAAGGUUUAUCUUUAAUGGAUUUUAAUUGAUUUUCCAUUAAAUUGAAAUGCCUAUAAGUUGUUUUUUAACUGUAUGAUGCUGCAUCACCUCUAAGGAGAGGAAUUAGGAGACAUAUAUGAAUAAAAAAGGGUUUUUUUUGUUUGUUUUUUUUGGCGUACAUGUGGGUGUUGCUUACAGUCUUCCAACUUUUGCCAAACUUUGUGCCAAACUUGAGCAGUCCUUCAUGUUUAUGCAGAGACGAUGGGAUUGCACUGUAUUAUAGGGAAUGUGUUUACUUCUUUGUGUCCCAGCUUUAAUGUACACCUGCUAUUCAUGUGGGGUUUUUCUGACAAAGACAUCUGAUUUUUUAUUUUUGUUUUAGGAAGAUAUGUUCAAUGUUUAGAGGUGGUGGUGGUGAAUAUUUAUGUAAGAUGGAUGGAUAUGUUUGGAGCAUGCGAUGUGAACCCCAAACUGGUUUUUAUCUGGGAAACAAAGUGUUUACUUUAUGAGAUUUACCCGUCACUUCUGAAUAACAUAGUGUUGUGAUUUUAUUUUUUCCUCUCCAGCAUUAAACCUUUAAGUAUUUCAUAUAUAAUAAACACUCUUUAUAGCCAGUUUUUCAGCUUUGGUGUUCUUUUGUUUUUAAAUCUGAAAUAUUUCUCAUGAAAAAGCAGCUUUUUAAGCUUCAUGCUGACCUGUGUUCAGGUAUUGCAAUGUAAUGCUUAUGUAACAGUUUAAUGUUUACAGGAUCCACCUUGAACCUGGACUCCAUCUGCUUUACAGUGCACCUUUCUUUGUUCAACCUCUCACUUUCGAAAUAAACAUCUAGAUUUCUCUAA